AUGAAGAUAGCCGUUGGUCAGCUAUGUUCGUCGUCAAACAUCAAAUCCAAUCUACGUAUCGUGUACAAGAUUCUCAACCAAGCCAUUGAAAAUCACGCUCGCAUUCUUUUCCUACCAGAAGCUACUGACUACUUGUCUCAGAAUGCAGCUCAUUCGCUUGAGUUAUCGCAACAAGUCAAGUCUACAUUCCUCGCCCCACUACUCAACCACAUAAAAGCCCUAAACCAGUCUACUUAUGUUUCGAUUGGCAUUCAUUUACCUAACUCCUCCACAACCAAGGUUGAAAACGUCCACUUGUUGAUUGAUCCAACGGGAUCGAUUAUAUCUCGGUAUCAGAAACUACACUUGUUUGAUGUCGAUGUACCCAAUGGACCUAUUUUGAAAGAAUCUAACUCAGUUGAACCGGGAAAAGAAGUUGUUAGACCAACUGCAAUUGAUGACGUUGCCAUUAUCGGCCUUUCCAUCUGCUACGACAUCCGAUUUCCCGAACUUAGCUUGAGAUUGCGCCAACUUGGUGCCAAUAUCCUAACAUUCCCAAGUGCUUUUACAACCAAAACAGGGGAGGCCCAUUGGGAAGUGUUGAGCAGGGCUCGUGCUUUGGAUUCACAAAGUUUUGUAGUUAAUGCAGCUCAAUGCGGGUAUCAUGAUGUUGGCACCAAUGCUAAAGGAGAUGUGAUUGAAAGAGUCAGUUAUGGUGACUCUAUCGUCGUCGAUCCAUGGGGUACGGUUUUAGCCAGAGCAAGAAAGUUCAAUGAUGGUGAACUGACUGUUGAUGAUGAUGGUGACUAUUAUGAGAUCAUCUAUGCGACUUUAGAUUUCGACCAGUUACAGAAGAUUAGAACAAACAUGCCGUUGAUAGAGCAACGAAGAGCUGACGUGUUUGGAAAGUGA